UCAAAUCUAGGUUGAGCGGGAAGUAGCUAUUGAGUGAGGGUUUUGGUGGGAAUGGAUUUUGGAUGUUCAGAAGUGAGUGUGUGGAAGGAAGCACUCUCUGCAUACCAAUCUCGAAUUCAAACACUCUCUCUCGCCAAAAACAAACCCAAUCUGGUUUCUCUCGAUGAAUUCUACUGCAACCACCUACCUUCCCUCCUUCGCCAACGAAACCCUAACCCCUUUCUCACCACUUCAGAGCUCUCCAGUCUCAUGCAAUGGAAGCUCACGCGCGGCAAGUGGAGGCCGCGUCUGUUGGAUUUCGUUUCGUCCCUAGACGACGCCGUUGUGAAAUCCGCUUCUGAGAAGGCAUUUCAGAGCCUUCCCGAUGUUUCCAAAGCCGUCGAUGAACUCACUGUAUUGAAAGGCGUCGGUCCCGCCACCGCCUCUGCCGUUUUGGCGGCUUUCUCUCCGCACUUAACCCCUUUCAUGUCUGAUGAGGCUAUGGAGGCAGCUCUUGGAAACUCAAAAGAUUAUUCUCUGAAGCAAUAUCUAAAGUUCGUAGAUAAGUUGCAGAUGAAAGCGAAGGAACUAAGUUCAGAAGGGGACUCCUUUACCCCAUCUGAUGUAGAAAGGGCAUUGUGGAGUUAUGCUGUGGGGCAGUCAUCAUCACCCGAUUCAAAUCAGGAACCUAAGACCAAACCAAGCAGGAGCUCUAAAAGGAAGAGAAAAAAUUGACACUAGUAGCAGAGCAACAAUGUAUCUUCUUAUUAGAGUAUAAUAGUUAUUGCCUUGCUAUAUUGGGGUUUGUUCUUCUACAUUAGACAGUACUGAUCACUAAUCAUUAUCAGGUAUUUUCGUUUUAAAUUAUGGCCAAAUUAAAGUUUCAUGUUUUUUGUUGA